AUGUACCUCGCCCGGACUAUGCCGCCGCGUCCGGAGGUAGUUGAGGCUUUUAGGGAUUGGGACAGCUGUUUAGAGGAUUGCUUUGAGCAGCUUUUUCCACCUGGCACUUGGGAGCAGGACCCCGACCGGUCUAGGCGCGCACGCAUACAGCUGCAUCUCCCUGUGCGUCUCGGAGGGUUCGGGAUCCGGGCGGCGGCCUCUUUGAGCCCACUGUCCUAUGUUUGUGGGUGGGCGCAGGCCGCGCGUGACAUUGCACAGUUAGGGGUGGCGGGUGAGGAGGCGAUGUUUGCAGAGUACCUCACCACUUCGACAGGGGCACAGUUUCUUGACCCGUGGUUUGGCCUGGGGGCAGGUGCAUGGGUUUUGGCGGUUCCGGCUCACUCAAAUCUCACAUUCGCUGCGGCUGAGUGGGGCAUUGCUGCUGCUAUACGGCUCGGCCUCCCAAUCCAGCAGCUGCAGGUGGCGGGGAGGUGUGUUUGUGGCACAGCGUUUGUUGACCCAGCAGAUCCGCACCAUGCCCUGAGAUGCAGGCAUCAGCAUGGUCCUUCUCGGGUGCAUGAUGAGGUGAAGUUUGCGGUGGCGAAGAUCUCUAAGGCGUCGGGGGGGGUGGUGACAAUGGAGGAUAGUGUGGUGCUGCAUGGGAAGCGGGUUGAUGUGGCGGUGCAACGUCCAAUGGCUGGAGAGGCUCACGCCCUAGAGAUCAGCGUCGCGGACCCGCUAUCGCUGUCUCCAUCACUGCUGGGACAGUGCGGGCGUCAAAUAGGGUCACUGAAGGCGCUCAUCGGGGUGGCGUUACAACGGGCGCAAGCCCGUGUCAUCCUGCUUCGAGCAGCGUCUUCCAUUGGGGGGAUUAACGUAGAUUUGGUGGAUCGGGAGAGGGACGAUGUCGAUGUGGAAGGCGGGGCUCUCUAG